CCAAGGCCAAUUGUAACGCAGCCUUUCCUAAACCGAGACUUCUCAACCAGUUAGCGGCGAAGUUUCACAAACGAUUAUCUAGUACGUUUAUUAUCGGUAACGCCGCUGCGAAUCGAUUACAGUUACAUUUUUAAAAUUAUGCUUUUCCACACUUUUCAGUGACGGGGUCAUUGUAAUAUAUUAAAACCUAGGAUUAAUACAGUUAGGAUCCCGGCUAGCCUCGGGAGCUAGCGGCUUCACAGGUUGUUGGCAGUCUGUUUGGAAUUAGCUUAAUCAAGUUAGCUUUCAUUUUCCCAGCAACAAACCUAACGGCUGAAUAAGAACCAUGAAGCUCUACAGUUUGUGUGUGUUGUACAAAGGCUCGAACAAGGCCAACCUUCUCAAAGCAGCCUACGAUUUGUCUUCGUACAGUUUUUUUCAGAGAUCCAGUGUACAAGAGUUCAUGACGUUCACCAGCAGCCUGAUAGUCGAGCGCACCGGAUUAGGAAGCCGCGCGUCCGUCAAAGAACAAGAAUACCUGUGUCACGUGUACGUCCGGAACGACUGUCUCAGUGGAGUCGUGAUCGCAGACAGCGAGUACCCCUCCAGAGUCUGCUUCACUUUGCUUGAUAAGGUGUUGGAGGAAUUCUCCCGGCAAGUGGACAGCAUAGACUGGCCUUCAGGCUCACCGACUACUGUUCAGUACACCGCCUUAGACAGCUACCUGGCCAAGUACCAGAACCCGCGUGAAGCCGAUGCCAUGACCAAAGUGCAAGCUGAACUGGAUGAAACCAAAAUCAUACUGCACAGCACAAUGGAGUCACUCCUGGAAAGAGGAGAAAAGCUGGAUGAUUUGGUACAGAAAUCAGAGCACCUGGGAAACCAAUCAAAAGCCUUUUACAAAACGGCACGGAAACAGAACUCUUGCUGUGAGGUGAUGUGAUGAACACAUCGUGACGGAUCAGACACUCCUGGACCACCUUUUCUUUAUCACUGUCCUCUCUCUUAAUUCUCUCUGUCCCUCUCUCGACCUGGACUCAGACACAGAGCAGACACAGCAGUUCCAGAGACCUUAUAAUGAGUGUUGAGGAUAGAGAGAGAAUCCCUGAUGUUUGUUUUCUUUCCCUCUCAGAUGGGUUAGAGGGACUGAUUUCCCAGACUACACCACACUUAACUGCACUGUUAGAGGGUUGGCUUUUUCUUCCACGUUCUGAGACCGUCCGCUCAGGGCCUGGUGUCCGCAGGGUUUAGGAUGGAAAAUGCACAGCGCAAAGAGAAGGUUAAGACAUAGUCUCCAUUGUGCCUUACUUUUUAAGUAGCUGUGCGUUCAGUUAAACUGUUAGCCUUAAUAAUGAACAUUUCAAAUGAUGGGUUAUAAUGAAAAUUUAAAAAAAAAAGUAGUUUGACAUUUUCUUAUCUUUUAAUACUGGAGAAUGCACUGAUCAUGGGUGAUAACCAGGUUUCAACGUUAAUGUCUUAUAGUUUGUGUACUUUACAUUAUUUUCAAAUUGUGAAAUAAAUUGAGUGCAUUAUGACUGGCUUUUACUUUGCUUACAUCCGUUGUUCUUUGUACAAUUUUAAUAAGCGCUUAAUAAAACAUAUAUAUUUAGUUAUAUUUUCACAUUCCCAGUUUUAUUUGGAUAAGCACUUAAGUGUUGAAGGUAGUGAUUACGCUUUAGGUAGUGGUGGUUUUUUCUUUAUUAAUAGUCAAACCUCGAGUGUGGUCUCCUCUGGAAUCAGUCCCUUACCCUUGAAUGAUAUUUCAUAAUAUAUACGGUGUCCUGUUCUCUUAUAUUCGGACAGAACUAAUAAAUGUGAAAUGUCUGUACUUUUAAAUAUUCUACAAUCAGUGUUGGGUCUAGAAUCACAUCAGAUACUCCGUCUCUAUAACGUUUCGAUUCCUUUCUUUACUUUUGGCACAAGCUGAAGUUAUAAAAUUAUUUAAUCCCCAUAUCGGGUAUAUUAAAUUCGCCACAUCCUGAAAUGUGUCAUUUAGGACCUUUAAGGUUCCUAAAACUCCACUCUGUGUUUACGUACAUCAGAGAAAGUUUCAAUAUCAAAUAUCCGGAGUGCAGUGCGUGUGGUUGAUGUUUCGGUUUAUUUUGUGAACAUUCUUGUGAUUCCAUGGUGUAAGAAGGAAAAAAAGCCCCUAAAGACCAUGUUUUUGUGAUCUGAUGUUUUACUUUCUGCAGCGUUGUUGCUCAAUCGGUGUGGCUUGUGUGUGUCCCUACGCAAUGUAAGGGUUGUAUUGAAUAAAUCAAGGUGCGUUUCCUUGCAAAAAUACCACAAGCUGCUCUGGAGGACCUUCUGAGGUGCCUUUUUUUGGUAAUUGCCAAAUCCCUGCAGCUCAUUCAGUCUUAAUUUAAGGCUGACCGGCACCAUGUUUUGUGUAGUUGUGUAUAAAACUAACUUGGCAAAAUAUACUCCAAUGACAUGUACAUUGAAAGUGUUUAUAGGCAACGUUUGGUAAUAUUAGGUAUUAUAUGCUGUAACAUUUUUCCCCUCUUCAGUUCAGAUGCACAGUUAAUCUGCUUUGUACUGUAGUUUAUUUUUAAUCUUAUUCCCAUCUUUAAUGUACUCAUUGUAUAAAAAAUAUAAUUAACACUGCAGUUGUAUUGAGUGAAAAAGUUAUUUUCGAUCUGUGAAAAUGAAAUAACAUCACGUUGCUGAA